AUCAAAACGAAGCCUUUAAAUGUAGCGCACAUUAUUUUUAAAGAUUAAGUCUUUUCAGUCUUUCAUCUGCAAGCAUGAAAAUUGCUCUGUUGAUCGCUGGUUUGGUAGCUGUUGCCUUCUCUGAAGAGGUUCAAUUAAGUCCUACGCAAAGUGCAGAGGCUAGAUUGGCUCUUCAAAAUCCUGAUUUGUUCGAUGGGGAUAUAGCUGGAGAAUAUGACGCUGAUCGCAAUGCAAUUGCUGGAAACCAUUAUAGGUGGCCAAAUGCAAGAGUUCCUUACGUCAUUGAUUCUUCAUUAAGUAACGCACAUGGCGUCAUUCAGCAAGGUAUUAAUGACUACCACAUGCAUACUUGCGUCCGAUUCGUACCCAGAACAAAUGAGGCCAACUACAUCAGAGUCUUUAAAGGACAAGGGUGCUAUUCACAUGUGGGUAAAAUAAACGGGCAGCAACAACUAUCUCUUGGUGACGGAUGCUUGUAUGUAGGUACAGUGGUCCAUGAAUUCGGGCAUGCCCUUGGAUUUUACCACGAACAAAAUAGAUCAGACAGAGAUGACUAUUUGAUAAUCUAUCUUGAAAAUAUUCAAGAUGGAUUGGCAUUUGCUUUCAAGAAACUUGCACCACAUGAGAAUAUCUUAUAUAAUGCCUUCGACCACGGUUCCGUCAUGAUAUACGGCAACAAAUCUUUUUCGAAGAAUGGGCAAGAUACCAUGAGAGCCAAAAACGGGCAGAAGUUGACUGACCCAUACAACAAACCAGGGAUGAGCAGAGCUGAUAUUGAAAGAGUCAGAAAAAUGUACAAUUGUUAGUUAUUGUGACUAAUAAAUAGAACAUAAUAAAAAAACAAUGCUUUAUUUAA